UUUUUUAAUAUACAACCAAUCAUAUCACUAGAGUGCACAAAGAAGUCCGUAAAAAUGACUGCACAUAAAAUUUUCCAUUGUUAUAUAGCAAAACUCAUUCUCCUUUGAGAUCCACGAUCAGGAAAUUAGUAGCCUUCCUCCCUCUAUACGUAAUUUGGCGGGAUGAUUCCUUUCGAAGGAAAAAAAAAAAAAAAAACAAGAGCUCACUCUCCCUCCAGUCCUCUCCAUGUUGUUAGAUCGUGUCACACACGCACACUUAGAAAUCCCAUUCUCAGAAAGAUCCUUUUUUCUUCUUUAAUUUUUUGCUCUGUAUUCCCAACUCACCCAGAAAGAAAACUUCAAGAAAACAAAGUAGUAGCAAGAAAGCAAGAUAACUCCACUCUUCAUGGCCGCCAACUGCCUGUAUCUCCCCCUUCUCCUUGCCAUAUUCACCAUCAUAAACUCAACCUCUGCACAACUCCCAACCACCACCACCACCCCUUUUCCACCUCCACCACCUUCUGUUCCAUUGCCAACACCUCCUCCAUCUCUGUCGCCACUUCUCCCUCCAUUGCUAACACCGUCACCACCACCUCCAUAUCUAUCAACACCUCCCGCUCCAUCACUCAUGCCACUCGCACCAUCUCCCCAUCCUUUUCCACCACCUCCUCCUCCUUCCCGGCGAGCACCAGCACGACGAUCACCACGACCUCAACAACUAAACAACAUAAUCGACGCACUGAUGGGCGCUGGCGACUUCAUGAAUUUGGAGAACAUUAUCUCGGCGAUCAAUCCAUUGAGUCUCCCACUGAGCGCCACCAUCUUCAUCCCACAAGAAGAUCCCCUCAACGUCACGCCCUUUUAUAUGGACCCCUUCACUUUUCCCUACCACAUUGUCCCUCAGCGUCUCUCUUUCUCUGACCUCCAACUCCUCAAAACCAACACUCGCCUCCCAACCCUCCUACCGCACAAGUCUAUCCUCAUCACCAACAGCUCUGCCUCCAACUUCACCCUCGACGACUCUCGUAUCACCCAACCAGACGUCUACAGCAACAACGCAGUCGCAGUGCACGGAAUUUCCGCGGUUCUUGACUACGCUACUUACGGUGAUGGGUUGCCCAAAUCUUCCAAACCUCCAGCACUGCAGCCGGAGGCUAUUAUUCCCGCACCACGCUUUGCGCCAGGCGGACCAGUCACUGACUCAAUGUCAGAUGCUGCGUGCCUUUGCAGCGAGUCUCCGAUUGUUUUCUUUAUUGUUUCUGCAGUUCUGGCUUUCAAGAUUCACGGGAACCCUCUUGCUCGUUGAUGGGUUCCCGAGUUUUUCCAAGAAUUGGAGAACAGAUUGCUGUUGCGCAGCACAAAGGCAGGGAUAAAGUCCAAGUCCAAGAUGAGUAUUUCUUUCUUGGGGUAAUUCAUGGGGUGGCAAUUGCCAAUCAUCUCUGCAGGUCUCGUUCUUUGAUGGGUUUAUUUUAAUCUUAGGAACCUUCAUCUUAGCCAAAAGACCGUUAUCACGGAAGUUGAUCAGAAUCCUUUUUAAUUUUCAUAUAUUUCCACGAGGUUUUUGCUCUGAUCUUGUACAUGACUGUAUUCUUUCUCGCGAAUGCGGGUCAUA